AUGGGAAUUCGUAAGCUGGUCUUUUUCUUUGUGUUAGUUUUCUCAAGUGUUUUUGUUGAUGGAGAAGGAAGGGGAGUCUUUAAGGUGAAACACAAGUUUGGAAGUGAAGCCGAUAGGUCACUUAAGGAGUUGACAGUUCAUGAUAAGAAUAGACAUGGAAGACUACUUGCUGCUAUUGAUAUUCCUUUAGGUGGUGAUGGCAAAGCUACGGGAACUGGGCUUUACUACACAAAACUUGCCAUUGGUUCUCCUCCAAAAGAUUAUUUUUUCCAUGUGGAUACUGGUAGUGAUAUUUUAUGGAUUAACUGCGUCGGGUGUAGCCCUUGUGCUACGUUUACGGACAUCGACCAUUUGACUCUGAAAUUAUAUGAUCCAAAACUAUCUUCAACAACAGAAUUAGUUCCAUGUAAUGGUGGGUUUUGCACUGAAUUUAGUAAAGGUCCCAGUCCUGGUUGUUCUUCUAAUGACGUCUGUGGAUAUGUCCUUCACUAUGGAGAUGGAAGUGGAAGUGCUGGAUAUUUUGUUCAAGAUGUUAUUAGGUUUGAUCAAGUCACUGGAAAUCUUCAAACAAGUAUUGGGAAUGCAAGUAUUUCAUUUGGGUGUGGGAUGGAACAAACAGGAAAACUUGCUUUAUCAAUUGGAGCCCUUGAUGGCUUAAUAGGUUUUGGUGCUUCAAAUACAUCCAUACUUUCACAACUAGCUUCAUCCGGAAAAACGAAGAAGAAAUUUGCUCACUGCUUAGAUGGUAAAAAUGGUGGAGGUAUCUUUGUCAUCGGGGACGUAGUGAAACCAAUACUAAAAACAACACCACUAGUUCCAAAUGCGGCACAUUAUAACGUGAAUAUGGAGUCAGUUCGAGUUGGUGAUAUUUUCCUAGAUAUUCCAAAAGAAAUUUUCCAAGACGGAUAUGGGAAAGGAACUAUUAUUGAUAGUGGUACAACUUUGGCAUAUCUUUCAGGAGAAAUCUUCGAUCCAUUGAGAAGAAUAAUCUUAACUAGUCAGGCUAAUUUGAAUGUACACCUUGUUGAUGAUAUCCUCGAGUGCUUCAAAUUUGAUAAAAGUAUCGAUGAUUCAUUUCCUACUGUCACUUUUGGCUUUCAAAAUUCACUAGAACUGAAAGUUUACCCUCAUGACUAUUUGAUCCUAUAUGAAAAUGAAUGGUGUAUCGGUUGGCAAGAUAGUGGAAAUUUGGGAUCUAAUGCAGUGGAUGAAUUGAUCAUCUUAGGAGAUUUGGUGCUAACAAAUAAGUUGGUGUUAUACGAUCUUGAAAACCAAGUUCUUGGAUUGUCAGACUAUAACUGCUCUUCAACCAUUGGAUUGAAGGAUGAAGUGUCUGGAGCCGUAAACCAAGUAGGUUCACACGAUCUUUCAUCUUCGCCUUCUCGUAACCAAAUGGGUGUUUCAUGUUCGACUGCUCAUUACCAUAUGAAUUUUUGA